UCUCCUCUCCCCCCCCCAUUCUGCAGAAUGGUAGCGCCCGAGACGGCUUUCUUUGGCGGCUCGUUCGAAGUGGUGCAGGAGGAAGAUAAGUGCCUGAAAAAUGAAUAGCAAUGAAUUUGAGGCCUGCGAAGAUGAAAUUAAAUGUUUGGAAGAAGAAAUUAAGAUGCUAACAGAAGAAUAUGAACAUAAUCAACACCAGUCAGUGACAUAUACUGAAGCAGAAAUAAUGGAGAUCAUGCAAUUACUUAGAAGAAAACCUGAAGAACUGAAGCAAUCCAAAUCUUCUCCAGAUCAGGAAACUCAACUCCAUUUGUUAGAAGCUGAUCUCUCGUUUAUAAUGAAAUUUACAGGCAUUUUCUUUACACAUUAUUCACGUAAACUUGUGGAAAAAAAUGGAUCUAAAACUAUUCAAACUUAUAAGCUGUCAGGAAAGUGUCAGUCAAUCUCAUUUCAGUUGGAGUUUAAACUCACGGAAGAAAGUCAGAUGAACAGAAAUGCUUCUGCUAUAGUAACUGACCUUAAUAUUAUAACAUUAUGUGACACACACUGUGAUUUAAGCAAGCUUGUUUCAAGGGUUGAAGAAAAUGGGAAUCUCUGCCUGUUCUUCAGAAGUCUGACUUGUUUCUCUGAAUGGUGUAAACAUCGGGAACGUGCUUUCACUCAUUUUAAGAAUAAGUAUCCAGAUGUUGUAGCACUUCCUGAAGGAUCACAUGGAGAUUACAUGCUCUUAAGAAGCACUCAACUUCCUGAAUUCGAGUUAAUGAUUGUUUGGAAGAUACAGGUAGAUGAAAAAGGAAAUAUUAUACCAGUUUUGGAUCUUUUGAACAAAAUACCACUACAAGGCACAGUAGCCAACAAAUUUGCAUCAGAUGCACCACAAGGUUUCAGAAGUCUCUUGCAUAUGGUUGGGAUACAGGCUUCCAUUGAAACUGUGAUCAAUUCAAUUUCCAAAGGCAAAUGAGUACCAGGAAAACCAGUUAUGCAUCUAUCAUUUUAUUGAAUAUAAACAUUAAGUUAUCUUCUAUUUAGAAACCAUAUCCAUAAAACAUGCUAUCUGUACAAUUAUGGCACAUAUAUAUAAAUUGUCAUGACAAAUAAAUACAGCUUUUUAAAUACAAAAUGUCAAAUCAGAUACAAGUAGAAUGCAUUUCAUUAAAAAAUUAACUUUCUGAAUCAAAGUGGUUUUCCCCUUCUACAUCAGUUCCUAAAAUCUCCUCAGAUCAGCCUGAUAAAUUCAAGUCUAAAAAAAGUGGCAGUUUUAGUUCACAGCUGUAUGUAUAUAUGUAACAGUGAUUCUAGAAUACAGAACAGUUUGAUAAUAAUUAAAAUUAAGCUACGGGAGCAUCAUACAGUAGCAUACCUACUACUUCUUCCAUAAACAGUGAUUGAAGGCAAAUCAGGUUUAUCAUGCUCAUAAAAUAGAAAUGAGACAUUUUAAUUUACAAGGCAUAAGCUGAAAUUUAUUAACCACAUGCUCUAUAAAGAAUGGGUACAAAAAAGAGCAAAAAUGAUGGCACCAAUCUGCAUAUAACUUGCCUAAAUAUUCCAGUAUUAUCUUUCCAUAUUUAGGUUUCCUAGGAUCAAUAUUUUUAAACGUGACCCAAGUAGAUAAGUAGCUAUGUAAAAUUUUCACUGUUCUUUUAAAGUGCUGUAAUAUUUUAGAAAAAGCGAACAUUUG